AUGAUGAUAAGAGAGCACAAGGAGUGUGCCAAAAAAAGGAUUAAGUACUUGGAGACCUUCAAAGUUGCCCCUAAUUGGAAGUCAAAACUCAUUAUUAAGGUUGUGAGAGAUGACUUGAAAUUAGUAAUCAAUAGAGUUACUGCAUGGCGGGCUAGAAGACUUGCGAAGAUAUUGAUUGAGGGCUCUAAAGAACACCAGUUUGGCCUGCUUUGGUCUUUUGCUCAUGAGACUUUGAGAAGCAAUCCAGGAUCCACAUGUAUAGUCACCACGCAUGAAUCGAAGUUUCAAGGGAUUUAUUUAUGUUUAGAAGCUUGUAAGAGAGGUUUUAUGAGUGGUUGUAGGCAACUUUUAGGUUUAGAUGGGUGUUUUUUGAAAGGGAAUUUUGGCGGACAAAUGCUUGUUGCAGUGGCACUAGAUGCCAAUGAUUGUAUUUACCCAGUAGCGUAUGCAAUAGUGGAGACUGAGAAUGCUAGAAGUUGGAGAUGGUUCGUUAGUCAUUUGGGUGAAGAUUUAAGGAUUGUGAAUAGCAAUGAGUGGACUUUCAUGACUGGUAGACAAAAGGGAUUACAAAAGAGUAAGUCUCAUUUCUCAACUAAGGUAAAAAGUGAUAUAGUGCUUAACAAUUUAUGUGAAGUUUUCAACAAUGUAGUGUUAGAGGAUAGGGAGAAAUCAGUCUUGACUCUGUUAAUUGACAUGAAUAUUAGCUGCAUGAAGAGGAUACAAUCAAGGAGGGAUAAGAUGAGAAUAGCCAAAGGACCUUUGUGUCCUAAGAUCCAAAAAAAUUUAGGUAAAUCUAUGGAAAUAGCUGAGGAGUGUGAAGUAGAGUGGAGAUGGGAUUUGACUGGGAUUCCAUGUGGGCAUGGGGUUGCUGUUAUACUAGAUAGAGGGGAUAAUCCUAUAAAGUAUGUGCAUGAGUGCUAUACAGUGCAAACCUACCUACAGUGCUAUAAAAACAUUGUUAAUCCCAUUAACGGUAAGAAAUUGUGGUCAGAAGUGAAUACUUUCCCUUUACAACCACCGGGUUAG